CAGGACUGGCCGGAUCUACAGGGAGGCGGUGUCUCAGGAGACUUAUGUGAAGGGAUUGGAAGAAGCCUUGCUGUUUGAGUAGAUAAGAAUGACUACUCUUAAUCUUUGUAUUUGUGUUGCCGAGAAGACUGAAGAGUACAGGACAGGAGUCACUAGCUGUGCUAACACAUGGGCCCAAGCGCCGAUGAUGACACAGUCACUUACUUCUACGGCUUGAACAGAGAGCCUCAAGUCUCUCAGGUUUUCGUUUUCUCUCCCUCUUGGUUGGAGCCUUCUAUUUUGGUCUUGGGAAUCAAGUUCACCAUUAAAGGAAGGAGGCCUCAGAGCUACUGAGAUAAUCUCUGGAGUAAAGAAAACAGGAAAUGUAAAGAAACUAUGAGUGGAGGAUCUCAAGUCCACAUUUUUUGGGGUGCUCCAGUCAGUCCAUUGAACAUGACCGUAUCACCGGAACCACCUUCUUUAAGGUCUACUGAGAAACCCUGGAAAAAAAUUCAGCUUUUAUACAACCAACAUUCUUUACAUCUGAGGGAUGAAAACUACAUACAUGGAACUCUUGAAGACCAUCCAGUCCUAGAAGCCAAGGGCCCUCCCCAUCUUCCUAAUGCUCAUUUUUUAACAAACUCUACUAGUGAACCUGUUCAUGUGAACGAAGACUCUCUACACUGUAUUUCUGAAACACAGCCUGUAAAAUCCCAGGAGGGUCCCCCUUUAGGGAUGAGAGAGAGAACCAGCCCCGAUGUGCAAAUAUGCAGAUUUAAGGGCAAAGUUCAGCAUUUAACUGAAGAAGAAAAGUUUCCAAAGCUUCUCAGCGAAAAUAAGAAAAUUACAGAUGAAGAGCAUAAAGAUCAGGCAAAUACAUGCGGUCGGAACUUCCGGAAGAACUUCUUUCAGUUAGACCAUAAGUGCGCACUAGAUCUGGUCUGUAGUUCGGAACAGAUUAGUACACGGCCGGGAGCGAAGGAAGCCAAGUGUGUGCCCACAGAAGGCUGGCAUCAUGAGGCACACAGCCAGGGUCUGGAGAUCUUUUCCUCGGACACAGAAGAUAAGCCAAGGUCCGAAGCUGUUGGAAAGGUCUCUACUGAUACUGAAUUUCUUAGUAUAAUGACCUCCAGCCAGGUGGCUUUUUUAUCUCAAAGGAAGUCUAAAGGACACAAUAUUACAAAUAAAGGGCCUGUAAACAUGGAGAGCAAACCAAAGGCAAGCCAUAGGGAAGUAAGAAUGCUUGAAGAUGAUCUGACUCGGCCCAAUGAGGACUUUGCAGGAGGAUGUGAAAGUGGACAAAACCAAGCUCAUUCCCUGGAACUCUUCAGUCCUGUUUGUCCUGAAACAAAAAGUAGUGGCACUCCCAUGAAAUCUGAUAAAGGUCUGGAGGAAGAUACAGGAUCUCAAGCACUUUUCAAUUUCGAAGAUAAACCACUGCCCAGUGCUGUACGUAUUGAGUCAUACAGCUCAGGAAUGCCGUGUUCCCAGCAAAACGGCUUCCACAAAAGUCCUGUUAAAAGAAGUUGGACCUUUCCGAAGCUGAAAGAAGACAAGCUGACCCAUUCCAGAGCUCUGUCUGAAGUCCUCCCACCAUCCAAGAAAAUUAAGUUGGUCUCUGAUGCUGGAGAUCCCACUGCAGCAAUGGACCAGAGGAAUGUGUCUACACUUAAGGGGAUUAAAAAAACAUCAUUAAUAAAAAAUUGUGAUUCUAAAAGCCAGAAGUAUAAUUGUUUAGUCCUGGUAUUAUCUCCAUGUCAUGUGAAAGAAAUAAGUAUAAAGUCUGGACCAAAUUCCGGCUCUAAAGUGCCUUUAGGAAUAAUUGUGGUAACGGACCAGUCAGGAAUUCAGAAGAAGGUCUCUCUGUGGAGGGCCGCGGCAUUUUGGGCACUUACAGUGUUUCCUGGAGAUAUAAUUUUGCUCACAGAUGUUACCAUUCAUGAAAAUCAUUGGAUUGGUGAGACAGUACUACAAUCAACAUUUACCAGUCAGUUAUUAAAUCUUGGAAGUUACUCAUCUGUCCAGUCUGAAGAGUUUUCCAAUAUAGUAAAUGAUGUUGUGCUUCGAGACUUACUGGCAUACGUGACUUCAAAACAUUCUUAUCUCAGAGAUCUUCCUCAGAGGCAGCCUCAGAAAAUGAACAGUAUAGAAUUUGUAGAUUUGGAGCAGCUGCAGCCGGACACACUGGUCCAUGCGGUACUAAAAGUAGUUGAUAUCACUGUACUAACAGAGGCAUUAUACAGUUAUAGAGGACAGAAGCAAAGGAAAGUUAUGUUAACAGUGGAACAGGUCCAAGGUCAACAUUAUGUGCUUGUAUUAUGGGGUCCUGGAGCAGCCUGGUACCCUCAACUUCAAAGGAAAAAAGAUUAUAUUUGGGAAUUUAAAUAUCUUUUUGUUCAGCACAAUGACGUCCUAGAAAGCCUAGAAUUGCAUUCAACAUUUUGGUCAUCCUGUGAGUGCCUGUUUGACGACGAUAUAAGGGCAAUUACAUUUAAAGCAAAAUUUCGUAAAAGCAUGCCCUCCUUUGUGAAGAUGUCAGAUUUAGCAACAUACCUGGAGGAAAAGCGUUCAGGAGUGAUUCUAAUCAAAGCCCAGAUUUCAGAGCUAGUGAUCCCUGUCCCAGCAGCUCAGAGGAUAGCUCUUUGUGCCCGCAGCUCUCUGAGGAGCAUCUUCUCUUCUCUUCCUGACAUUGUAUAUACUGGCUGUGCAAAAUGCGGACUGGAACUGGAAACAGACAAGAACAAGAUCUAUAAACAGUGUUACGGCUGCUUGCCCUUUACUAUGAAGAAGCUGUACUACAGGCCAGCUGUAAUGACCGUAGCUGACGGAAUACAUGAGGUUUGCAUCCAUGUAGGAUCCAAGCUGAUGGAGAAGAUUCUUUUCAACAUUUCUCCUGACUGGCUCAACAGAGUUAUAGCGCCUCCCUCAGAGGUCACCUUCCGCGCGGUGGCCGCGGACCUGCUGCACUCGCUGCUGGCAGGUGGCGGCGCCCCUUGCGUGGUGAAGCUGCACAGCCUCUUCGUGUUGGAUGAAAACAGCUGCCCGCUGCAGCGGGAGUUCUCGCUGCUGGAUUUGUAUCCCGACAGUGGCGAGCCGGGGCCCAGUGCCCUCCUCUGA